UCACGGAUCCGGUUCCGCCCUCCCUCUGGUUGCCGACCCUCCGGGGCUAGCGCCCGAGAUCCCUUUCCCAGAGUGCUCUGCGCCGUGAAGAAGCGGCUCCCGGGGACUGGGGGCAUUUUGUGUUGGCUGGAGCCGGAGUAACAAGAUGGCGGCGUCGGCGGAGUGACAGGGGUCCCUCCGGGCGGGAGCCGGCGGCAGUGGUGGCAGCGGUAUCGCCGCCCUAAACCACCGCGCCCCUUUUCCGGCCCGCGACGUCGCCGUGAAAGCGAGGCAGCGGCAGCCGCCCAGAAACAAGUGGCCCAGCCUGGUAACCGCGAGAACCCUCUCCUAAGCUGCGGCCUGACAAAAAGAAGCCUGACUGAGCGGCGGUGAUCGGGUUCCCCUUGACCGAUCCUGGGCCCUGUAACGCCUUGAAAGAACCAGCGCUUUCCGUUUCCUGCCGCCCUCCUCCGCAGCCUUGCUCCGUGGACGAGCCCCAGCGGCCUCUGUCCUCCCCCGAGAGGUGUCGGGGCUUGGCCCCAGCCUCCAUCUUCGUCUCUCAGGAUGGCGAGCAGCAGCGGCUCCAAGGCCGAGUUCAUUGUCGGAGGGAAAUAUAAACUGGUACGGAAGAUCGGGUCUGGUUCCUUCGGGGACAUAUAUCUGGCGAUCAACAUUACCAACGGCGAGGAAGUGGCAGUGAAGCUAGAAUCUCAGAAGGCCAGGCAUCCCCAGUUGCUGUACGAGAGCAAACUCUAUAAGAUUCUUCAAGGUGGGGUUGGCAUCCCCCACAUACGGUGGUAUGGUCAGGAAAAAGACUACAACGUGCUAGUUAUGGAUCUUCUCGGACCCAGCCUCGAAGACCUCUUCAAUUUCUGUUCAAGAAGGUUCACAAUGAAAACUGUACUUAUGUUAGCUGACCAGAUGAUCAGUAGAAUUGAAUAUGUGCAUACAAAGAAUUUUAUACACAGAGACAUUAAACCAGAUAACUUCCUAAUGGGUAUUGGGCGUCACUGUAAUAAGUGUUUAGAAUCUCCAGUGGGGAAGAGGAAAAGAAGCAUGACUGUUAGUACUUCUCAGGACCCAUCUUUCUCAGGAUUAAACCAGUUAUUCCUUAUUGAUUUUGGUUUGGCCAAAAAGUACAGAGACAACAGGACAAGGCAACACAUACCCUACAGAGAAGAUAAAAAUCUCACUGGCACUGCCCGAUAUGCCAGCAUCAAUGCGCACCUUGGUAUUGAACAGAGUCGCCGAGAUGACAUGGAAUCAUUAGGAUAUGUUUUGAUGUAUUUUAAUAGAACCAGCCUGCCCUGGCAAGGACUAAAGGCUGCGACAAAAAAGCAAAAAUAUGAAAAGAUAAGUGAAAAGAAGAUGUCCACUCCUGUUGAAGUUUUGUGUAAGGGGUUUCCUGCAGAAUUUGCCAUGUACUUAAACUAUUGUCGUGGGCUGCGCUUUGAGGAAGCCCCGGAUUACAUGUACCUGAGGCAGCUAUUCCGCAUUCUCUUCAGGACUCUGAACCACCAAUAUGACUACACAUUUGAUUGGACAAUGUUAAAGCAGAAAGCAGCACAGCAGGCAGCCUCUUCAAGUGGGCAGGGGCAGCAGGCCCAAACCCCCACAGGCAAGCAAACUGACAAAACCAAGAGUAACAUGAAAGACAAUUUUGUAAUUUAACAAUGGACUCCGACCUGAGGAGACUUUUCAAGAAGUAGAACUCACCGGUGUCAUCCUCAUCCCAGCAGCUCGUCUGUUAGGAAUGAUGCUGAGAAUUUCCUAUUCCACAUUUCUGUGCUGGGGAAGGAUUCACAGUUGAAGGCUUCAUGUAAAGGGGGAGGUUCUUAGGUGAUGAAAUUUCAGCUCAGGACAGCAAGCACUGAUGCUUGCCUCUGCAUCUCAGCUGGGACUUAAUUGUCCCUUUUGAGUGUUUUAAUCAUUGUCUAACUGAUCACAGUGCCAAACCCUUAAUGAGGUAGGCAGCUAGCUAGUGGCACUGAGAAGUGGUCCUAGCCAUGUCACUUCUCUGAACUUAGAACUUUUGUUACACCCGACAGCUCUAGGGUAUUUGCUUUUUUUUUUCAUAAAAUGAAACCAAUUUUUGCCUAAAGCUAGCUGGGAUAACAGGAUCAUCACGAAUUGCUGUUUCUAGAACUGAAAUUAGAUCGAAAUCUCAUCUGACCUAGAACAUUUCACUUCAGGCAUUCAGCAGCCUUCAGAAAGAAUUCUCUUAUUUUGAGUUAGUCCCAUUGUUAGUUUACUGUAUGUCUCUUUCUCAAUAAACAAGCAGAAUUUUUCUCCUGCCUU